CUGAAUUUAAAGUUGAUUAUUACUACUUUAGCUCUAGAAUUACUCUGAGACCUGAAAAAUACCUUACCCUUGACUGAAUGAGAAGAACUAUAAUGCUUUACAUUCUUGUCACUCACUUGCAAUUGAAUUUUCCUGUGACAGGAUGAAAUGAAAGUAAAAAAGAAGUAGAUUGAAUACACUAUGAGAACAAAGGAAACAUUGAUAAGGAAUACUGUAUGUCCGAGUACUUGAGGAUGAGUGGCAUCUAUUGGGGUCUGACAGUAAUGGAUCUCAUGGGACAACUUCAUCGCAUGAAUAGAGAAGAAAUUCUGACAUUUAUUAAGUCAUGCCAACAUGAGUGUGGUGGAAUAAGUGCAAGUAUUGGACAUGACCCUCACCUUUUGUAUACUCUUAGUGCUGUCCAGAUUCUUACUCUGUAUGAUAGUAUUAAUGUUAUUGACGUGAAUAAAGUUGUGGAAUAUGUCCAAAGUCUACAGAAAGAAGAUGGUUCAUUUGCUGGAGACAUUUGGGGAGAAAUUGAUACAAGAUUCUCUUUCUGUGCGGUGGCAACCUUAGCUCUUUUGGGGAAGCUUGAUGCAAUUGAUGUGGAAAAAGCCAUCGAAUUUGUUUUAUCUUGUAUGAACUUUGAUGGUGGGUUUGGUUGCAGACCAGGUUCUGAAUCUCAUGCUGGGCAGAUCUAUUGUUGCACAGGAUUCCUGGCUAUUACUAGUCAGCUGCAUCAAGUAAAUUCCGAUUUACUUGGUUGGUGGCUUUGUGAACGACAGUUACCUUCAGGUGGACUUAAUGGAAGACCAGAGAAGUUACCAGAUGUGUGCUAUUCAUGGUGGGUGUUGGCUUCUCUAAAGAUUAUUGGAAGACUUCAUUGGAUUGAUAGAGAGAAACUGCGGAGUUUCAUCUUAGCAUGUCAAGAUGAAGAAACGGGGGGAUUUGCAGACAGGCCAGGAGAUAUGGUGGAUCCUUUUCAUACAUUAUUUGGAAUUGCUGGAUUGUCCCUUCUGGGAGAAGAACAGAUAAAACCUGUUAAUCCUGUUUUUUGCAUGCCUGAAGAAGUGCUUCGCAGGGUGAAUGUUCAGCCUGAAUUAGUGAGCUAGGUUGGCUGAUGGAAAAGUUGUUUAGUGUAGCUGCCAUUCCAACAUUGACUACUGUUAAUAUUUUGUAUAUUGUGUUAAAUUAAUUUUAAUAAAUUAUGUAAUUAUACAUAUUGUAAAAUAAGAUUUUGCAUUGUAUGUUCAGCUUUCUUUAGGUUUUCUUAAUGCUGUUAACUCUGAGUAUAAUUUUUUGUUUAUGCUUCAGUGUAUCAUCUCCAUGUCAUUGAGUUUAUUCCCUUUUUGUUAUGUAGAACAACAGCUGUAAAUUGGUUUGUGUCUGCAAGAAUUUUAAAUGACAGAUAAACCCAUAUAUAAAUAAAAAUAUGCACAGGG